AUGGCCAGGACGCGGCUUGAGUUUUGGGUGGGACACCGUCUUGCACGUUAUCAACGAGCACGUAAUUUCCGAACUUCAUGUCUAGGUCUGCUAUUCUCGACACAGGCACACAAGUACCUGCUGGGGCUUUACGAUCGGCUGGGAGAGGUCUGCCUUGAGCGAAGAGUACUAGUGGCCGAAUUAGAGGACAAAUCAACUGCAGAUGAGGGCGAGGAAAAUCUCCAAGAGAGGACUGCGGUAGCGGAAAGCGAGCUUCUGCAAAGCACGGCAAAGACACAGAUGAAAGACAAGGUCCUCGAGACGACCCUCAUCACCCACCCCAUCUUGAAGGCGGUGCAUUCUGGCGCAGGGAGCACGGCUAAGGAACGGGCCUUACUGCCCCUCAUCCAACGCCGCGACAUGCUCUCACUCACGCAUGCGAACCUCUCCCAAGUUCUCACUUCCACGCUCGACAACAUCUCGCAGACGCAGGCAGCAAUUGCGGAUGCGCGGGAAACCAAUAGGCAGCUCGCGGCAAGAUUACUGGCGCUGACUGAGAAGCGAAAGAAGGAAAGAAGGAGAGCCGCGGGGGGAAGAGACGAGAGAUAUGACGAGGCUGAGAAGGAUCUGAAAAAUGCGAAGGUUAGGUGGGAGAUUAUGAGGAACGCUGUGCAGGCCAUCAUCGUGGGAAGCGGGGUGGACUGGACUGGUGAUGCGAGAUUGAGGAAAACGGUACUAGCGUGUGGGGAGGAUAUGAUGGAUGAUGAUUGA